GCCGGCGCUGAGGGCUCCGCCGCCGCCGCCGCCGCCGCCACCGCGGGAGCCGGAGCUGCCGGGCGGAGCGGCGUCCGCGCCAGACUGGAGCGGGAGGGCGGCUGAGCGCAGUUGCUGGGAAUUUUUCAGCCGGAAGGGCGAGCGAUCCAGAGAGAGACCCCGCGAGCUGGGGAGCGGUGGGGAGCGCGAGCGGCGGAGCCAGCGAGGCAACCCUCGAAUUAGAUCUAGAAAGCCAGGUUCCCGGAGGAAAUGGGACUGAACGAACCGGGGAGCAAGAAGGGAAGGAAGCGCCGGGAUUGCUGAUGUCAGAGGAGCCCGGAAAGUCGCGCUGGAAAAAUCUGAAGACAGCCGGGGCUCUGCUGCUUCCCAAGGAGAGACACCGCCAGCCACCCCCACACGCCCCCUCGGCGCCUCCGGGUUACCCCCGCGAGCGGGCGACAGCGCCUGGCGGGGCUGCUGCGGGGCGACGGAGGACGGAGGGGCGCGCGGACCGGAGACCGAGGGGCCACUUCAGGAAUACAGAUAAGUGGCUGGUGGCUUGACGUGGAUUUUAAUGAAUUUGGACUCCAUGUGGAUUUGGUCGUCCCCGUGAUUGCGAGCUGCGGGCAGUGAGAGGGACGGCGCGCCGCCCUCGGCAGCCAGGGGCCGAGGCGGACAGACUGGGCACGGAAGGACAGACAGACGUCGCCGAGCUAGGAGCAGAAGAGAGCAAGGGAGCCAAAAAGGAGGGGAACCACUCAGCAGGAAAACCCCAAGAGAACCAUGUAAGGGCCAAGCCAGGAAGGUGGAGUAGAUGAGAGCUCAGAGGAUCUGUCUCCUCGUCCUCGCCCCACUCAGAAUGGAACAGAGGAGGCCCUGGCCACGGGCCGCAGAGGUUGACAGCUGGUCUGUGGUCCUGCUCUCGGUGGUCUGGGUGAUGCUGGCCCCCCAGGCCGUCAGCAUGCCUCAGUUCAGCACUUUCCACUCUGAGAACCGUGACUGGACCUUCAACCACUUGACUGUCCACCGAGGGACAGGGGCGGUGUACGUAGGGGCCAUCAACCGGGUGUACAAACUGACGGGCAACCUGACCAUCCAGGUGGCUCACAAGACCGGGCCGGAAGAGGACAACAAGUCUUGUUACCCACCCCUCAUCGUGCAGCCCUGCAGCGAGGUGCUGACCCUCACCAACAACGUCAACAAGCUGCUCAUCAUUGACUACUCUGAGAACCGCCUGCUGGCCUGCGGGAGCCUCUACCAGGGCGUCUGCAAGCUGCUGAGGCUGGACGACCUCUUCAUCCUGGUGGAGCCAUCCCACAAGAAGGAGCACUACCUGUCCAGCGUCAACAAGACGGGGACGAUGUAUGGGGUGAUCGUGCGCUCUGAGGGAGAGGAUGGCAAGCUCUUCAUUGGCACUGCCGUGGAUGGAAAGCAAGAUUACUUCCCAACUCUGUCCAGUCGGAAGCUGCCCCGUGACCCGGAGUCCUCUGCCAUGCUUGACUACGAGCUACAUAGUGAUUUCGUCUCCUCCCUCAUCAAGAUCCCUUCGGACACCCUGGCCCUGGUCUCCCAUUUUGACAUCUUCUACAUCUAUGGCUUCGCCAGCGGGGGCUUCGUCUACUUCCUCACUGUCCAGCCCGAGACCCCGGAAGGCGUGGCCAUCAACUCCGCUGGAGACCUCUUCUACACCUCCCGCAUCGUGCGUCUCUGCAAGGAUGACCCCAAGUUCCACUCCUACGUGUCCUUGCCCUUUGGCUGUACUCGGGCUGGGGUGGAAUACCGCCUCCUGCAGGCUGCUUACCUCGCCAAGCCUGGGGACUCCCUGGCCCAGGCCUUCAACAUCAGCAGCCAGGAUGACGUGCUCUUUGCCAUCUUCUCCAAAGGGCAGAAGCAAUAUCACCACCCGCCAGAUGACUCUGCCCUCUGUGCCUUCCCCAUCCGGGCCAUCAACUUGCAGAUCAAGGAGCGCCUGCAGUCCUGCUACCAGGGGGAGGGUAAUCUGGAGCUCAACUGGCUGCUGGGGAAGGAUGUCCAGUGCACCAAGGCGCCUGUCCCCAUCGAUGACAACUUCUGUGGACUGGACAUCAACCAGCCACUUGGAGGCUCGACUCCAGUGGAGGGCCUGACCCUGUACACCACCAGCCGGGACCGCAUGACCUCAGUGGCCUCCUAUGUUUACAACGGCUACAGCGUGGUUUUUGUGGGAACUAAGAGCGGCAAGCUGAAAAAGAUUCGAGCCGAUGGUCCCCCCCAUGGCGGGGUUCAGUAUGAGAUGGUCUCCGUGCUCAAGGACGGGAGCCCAAUCCUCCGGGACAUGGCCUUCUCCAUUGAUCAGCGCUACCUGUACAUCAUGUCUGAGAGACAGAUCACCAGGGUCCCCGUGGAAUCGUGUGAACAGUAUACGACUUGCGGGGAGUGCCUGAGCUCGGGGGACCCUCACUGUGGCUGGUGUGCCCUGCACAACAUGUGCUCCCGCAGGGACAAGUGCCAACGGGCCUGGGAACCUAAUCGAUUUGCUGCCAGCAUCAGCCAGUGCAUGAGCCUCGAGGUGCAUCCCAGCAGCAUCUCAGUGUCUGAGCACAGCCGGCUGCUCAGCCUGCUUGUGAGUGAUGCUCCCGAUCUGUCUGCGGGCAUCGCCUGUGCCUUUGGGAACCUGACAGAGGUGGAGGGCCAGGUGUCCGGGAGCCAGGUCAUCUGCAUAUCACCUGGGCCCAAGGAUGUCCCUAUCAUCCCUCUGGAUCAAGACUGGUUUGGGCUAGAGCUGCAGCUGAGAUCCAAGGAGACGGGGAAGAUAUUUGUCAGCACCGAGUUCAAGUUCUACAACUGUAGCGCCCACCAACUGUGCCUGUCUUGUGUCAACAGCGCCUUCCGCUGCCAUUGGUGCAAGUACCGCAACCUCUGCACUCACGACCCCACCACCUGCUCCUUCCAGGAAGGCCGGAUCAAUAUCUCAGAGGACUGUCCCCAGCUGGUGCCCACGGAGGAGAUCCUGAUACCAGUUGGGGAAGUAAAGCCAAUCACCCUUAAGGCUCGAAACCUGCCACAGCCUCAGUCCGGCCAGCGAGGCUAUGAGUGCGUCCUCAACAUCCAGGGGGCCAUCCACCGGGUCCCUGCCCUGCGCUUCAACAGCUCCAGCGUCCAGUGCCAGAACAGCUCGUACCAGUACGACGGGAUGGACAUCAGCAACCUGGCCGUGGACUUCGCUGUGGUGUGGAAUGGCAAUUUCAUCAUCGACAACCCUCAGGACCUGAAAGUCCAUCUCUACAAGUGUGCAGCCCAGCGGGAGAGCUGCGGCCUCUGCCUAAAGGCCGACCGGAAGUUUGAGUGUGGCUGGUGCAGCGGCGAGCGCAGGUGUACCCUCCACCAGCACUGUACCAGCCCCUCCAGCCCCUGGCUUGACUGGUCCAGCCACAAUGUUAAGUGCUCCAACCCCCAAAUCACUGAGAUCUUGACGGUGUCUGGACCACCCGAAGGAGGGACUCGAGUGACCAUCCAUGGUGUGAACCUGGGUCUGGACUUCUCCGAGAUUGCCCACCACGUGCAGGUGGCUGGGGUACCCUGCACACCCCUGCCAGGGGAUUACAUCAUCGCUGAGCAGAUCGUCUGUGAGAUGGGCCAUGCCCUCGUGGGAACCACCUCGGGGCCUGUGCGCCUGUGCAUUGGCGAGUGUAAGCCCGAGUUCAUGACAAAGUCCCAUCAGCAGUACACCUUUGUGAACCCUUCUGUGCUGUCACUCAACCCCAUCCGAGGCCCAGAGUCGGGAGGCACCAUGGUGACCAUCACAGGCCAUUACCUGGGGGCUGGGAGCAGCGUGGCGGUAUACCUGGGCAACCAGACCUGCGAGUUCUAUGGGCGGUCAAUGAAUGAGAUUGUGUGCGUCUCGCCCCCGUCGUCCAACGGCCUGGGCCCAGUCCCCGUUUCUGUGAGCGUCGACCGGGCCCGUGUGGAUAACAACCUGCAGUUCGAGUACAUCGAUGACCCCCGGGUGCAGCGCAUCGAGCCAGAGUGGAGCAUUGCCAGUGGCCACACACCCCUGACCAUCACAGGCUUCAACCUGGAUGUCAUUCAGGAGCCAAGGAUCCGAGUCAAGUUUAAUGGCAAAGAAUCUGUCAACGUGUGUAAAGUUGUGAACACCACCACCCUAACCUGCCUGGCCCCCUCUCUGACCACGGACUACCGGCCCGGCCUGGACACUGUGGAACGGCCAGACGAGUUUGGAUUCGUCUUUAACAAUGUCCAGUCCUUGCUCAUUUACAACGACACCAAGUUCAUCUACUACCCCAACCCGACCUUUGAACUGCUCAGCCCUACAGGCGUCUUGGAUCAAAAGCCGGGAUCCCCCAUCAUUUUGAAGGGGAAAAACCUCUGCCCUCCUGCCUCUGGAGGUGCCAAACUCAACUACACGGUGCUGGUUGGAGAGACCCCGUGCGCUGUCACUGUGUCCGAGACACAGCUCCUCUGUGAGCCUCCCAACCUCACGGGGCAGCACAAGGUCAUGGUUCACGUGGGCGGGAUGGUGUUCUCGCCUGGCUCGGUGAGUGUCAUCUCAGACAGCUUGCUGACCCUGCCAGCCAUCGUCAGCAUCGCGGCAGGCGGCAGCCUCCUACUCAUCAUCGUCAUCAUCGUCCUCAUUGCCUACAAGCGGAAGUCCCGGGAAAACGACCUCACUCUCAAGAGGCUCCAGAUGCAGAUGGACAACCUGGAGUCCCGUGUGGCCCUGGAGUGCAAGGAAGCUUUUGCCGAGCUCCAGACAGACAUCAAUGAGCUGACCAGCGACCUGGACCGCUCAGGAAUCCCCUACCUGGACUAUCGUACCUAUGCAAUGCGAGUCCUUUUCCCUGGCAUCGAGGACCAUCCUGUCCUGCGGGAGCUGGAGGUGCAGGGCAAUGGGCAGCAGCACGUGGAGAAGGCCCUGAAGCUCUUUGCCCAGCUCAUCAACAACAAGGUGUUCCUGCUGACCUUCAUCCGCACCCUGGAGCUCCAGCGCAGCUUCUCCAUGCGCGACCGCGGCAACGUGGCCUCGCUCAUCAUGACCGGCCUGCAGGGCCGCCUGGAGUACGCCACUGACGUCCUCAAGCAGCUGCUCUCUGACCUCAUUGAUAAGAACCUGGAGAACAAGAACCACCCCAAGCUGCUUCUCCGGAGGACGGAGUCUGUGGCUGAGAAGAUGCUGACCAAUUGGUUUGCCUUCCUCCUGCACAAGUUCCUGAAGGAGUGUGCGGGGGAGCCGCUCUUCAUGCUGUACUGUGCCAUCAAGCAGCAGAUGGAGAAAGGCCCCAUCGACGCCAUCACGGGCGAGGCCCGCUACUCCCUGAGCGAGGACAAGCUCAUCCGGCAGCAGAUUGAGUACAAGACCCUGAUCCUGAACUGUGUCAACCCCGACAACGAGAACAGUCCAGAGAUCCCAGUGAAGGUGUUAAACUGUGACACCAUCACGCAAGUCAAGGAGAAGAUCCUCGAUGCUGUCUACAAGAACGUGCCCUACUCCCAGCGGCCGAGGGCCGUUGACAUGGACUUGGAGUGGCGUCAAGGCCGGAUCGCCCGGGUUGUGCUGCAAGACGAGGACAUCACCACCAAGAUCGAGGGCGACUGGAAGCGGCUCAACACUCUGAUGCAUUAUCAGGUGUCAGACAGAUCGGUGGUGGCUCUGGUCCCCAAACAGACCUCCUCUUACAACAUCCCUGCCUCUGCCAGCAUCUCCCGGACGUCCAUCAGCAGAUACGACUCCUCCUUCAGGUACACAGGCAGUCCUGACAGCCUACGGUCCCGGGCACCCAUGAUCACCCCAGACCUGGAGAGUGGGGUCAAGGUGUGGCAUCUGGUGAAGAACCACGACCAUGGGGACCAGAAGGAGGGUGACCGGGGCAGCAAGAUGGUGUCCGAGAUCUACCUGACCCGGCUCCUGGCCACCAAGGGCACCCUGCAGAAGUUCGUGGACGACUUGUUUGAGACCUUGUUCAGCACUGUGCACCGGGGCAGCGCUCUCCCCCUGGCCAUCAAGUACAUGUUUGAUUUCCUGGAUGAGCAGGCAGACAGACACAGCAUCCACGACACAGAUGUGCGGCACACCUGGAAAAGCAACUGCCUCCCUCUGCGCUUCUGGGUGAACGUGAUCAAGAACCCCCAGUUCGUUUUUGACAUCCACAAGGGCAGCAUCACGGAUGCCUGCCUCUCCGUGGUGGCCCAGACCUUCAUGGACUCUUGCUCAACGUCAGAGCACCGGCUGGGCAAGGACUCCCCCUCCAACAAGCUGCUCUAUGCCAAGGACAUCCCCAGCUACAAGAGCUGGGUGGAGAGAUACUACGCAGACAUCGCCAAGCUCCCCGCCAUCAGUGACCAGGACAUGAACGCCUACCUCGCUGAGCAGUCCCGCCUGCACGCCGUGGAGUUCAACAUGCUGAGUGCCCUCAAUGAGAUCUACUCCUACGUCAGCAAGUAUAGCGAAGAGCUCAUCGGGGCACUAGAGCAGGACGAGCAGGCCCGGCGACAGCGGCUGGCGUACAAGGUGGAACAGCUCAUAAACGCCAUGUCCAUUGAGAGCUGAGAGAUGGAGCCUCAAGUUCCUGGGAAGAGGGACCCGUGAGAGCUGUCACACCGGGAGUCUCAGAAGGAAGGACAAGUGACGGGGAUCAGCCCCCAGAGCUUGCUGUCCCCUGAGACCCCAUGCCGGGGAGAGGGGAGGGCCCCUCUCCCCACGCCAGCCAAGUUUCGUCACAGCCGGUUCCUGCAGGGAGAGUCCAUGCGCGUCAUCCAUCCACAGCGAGAACGAGAGAGAAGCAGGCGCGGAGAAGGUGGUUCUUCAAGCUGAGAGGCACGAGCGGGGCCAGUUCUGCCUCUGUGACUGCUGCUUUGCAUGAAAACUCAUUUGAUGUAUAUUGGGGAAAUAAUGAGAACUUUAUUUAAUUUUUUUUAAGAAAAAGGAAAACCAGAAAUAAAACAAAGCAAAAAGCUGCCCUGUUAAUCCCGUCCAACUUUUGUUGAAUUCUGAUUUCUGCCCCCCUUCCUUCUUUCUUCCCCUUCGUCCGUCCUUCCUCCCGUAACUCCUGUUUCCAAAUGUCAGGAAAAAGCCUACAAAGAGAUGCUGAGAGAAACUGGAGCGAAAAGGCUUGUUUCCUUUCCCUUGAAAUUAAAAACAAAAGGAAAGAAAAUGAGGAGAAGAAGAAUGAGCACAAGUUCACACCAAACACUUCGCAAAAAUAGAGGCCAGUAAAACCUGGAAUUAUCCCAGCAGCCGGAAGAACAUGGAAACUGAAGAACUUUGCACAAAUUGCAAAGCCAUCGAGUGGCUCAACCUGGCUGACUGGCACUUGAGCUUUACAUACCACACACCUGUAUAUUCUCAUCUCUUGAGAGGAGAUAAUGUGUCUAUAGAAUACCAAUGCUUUUUGCUACUGUUUUUUUGUUUUGUUUUAUUUAAUCCCAAACCUCAACAAAUGACAAACUGAUCUUUGGUACUUUUCCUUUUGGUUUCCCUAAAGUUACUCCCAGAAGUGGGGAGAGGUGGGCCUCUCCCAGACCAGACACCUGGCCUUCCUGAGGACAUUGGGCAGCUCUGCCUUAUGUCAGUCACUGUCAUAGACCAGGCACCCUGGGGAAAGGGCCUGGAAUUGUGUGGCCCAGGCCUCUGGGAGGUUCCAUUUGGGAGUUGAUUUAGGGACAUGGGUGUUUGGCUGUGGAUUCCACUCCAAUCCUCCAGUGGUUUCUUGCAAUUAAAGAGAGAACAAAAUCAAACCCUGUUUACAGCAAGCAAUACUUGAAGAGGAUAGGUUAAAGACACUGCAGUAUUUAUUGUUAUGCUUUCUCUCUUGUUCUCUCAUGCCGGGAGAGGGGAGACAACCCUUCGGUCAGAUGUGGAAGCUCCUGAUCGUCUGAGCACUUCCCUCAGUCGAUAUGACUGUAGCAUCCCCACGUUACUGUCUUCUGCCUCUCUUUCUGCCUCUCAUGUCCUUAUGAGUUUGAAGGACAAAUGGUGGCUUCUCACUGGGCUCCUUUCCUUCUCUCUCUCUCCUGCUGACACCUAAAACCAUGGAUGACCAACUCUCCUGAGGGUAGUUUCCAAACAAAGAGACCAAAGCUCCAUGCCCUGGUCCUGAGACCCCGUGGAAGCCACUGGGAGUCAUCCAGAGGAAGGCGACUGUUGGCACAGGACCUUGGUGACCGGGACAGCCAUCAGAGUUUUCAGGCCUCCCAUGCUGGCAAGGAUCCAAGCAGCCAGCUCCAACUUCUCUGCAAGCAGCAUGGGAGUGAGGAGAAGGACAAGAGGAAGGCGAAGGGAGGAGGCAGGAGGGGACCAACUUCCCCUUCCCACCUUCUACUUUCAAAGGGGCUGCAAUGCUGGGAAACCGGACCAGCCAUUCCCGGAGAGACCAGACCAGGGUCAUUUCCUCUAUAAUUAACUCUGGGCCCCAGCUUCUCUGUGCCCUGGUUUACCUCCAAGCAAUUCCAAUUUCCAAAGGCUCUGCUGACCACAUUGCAUUCCCAGGAAAGGACUGGGGGAGGGGGAGUGCUGAGGGCUGGCUUCCAUCCCUGGCGUGUGGCUUUGGGUCGCUGUGCUAACCACACAGCAGACAUCGCCUGGUCUCUUCAGUUCCAGUUUCUUGCCUGAAUGCAGCUGACAAAUGGGAAGAGAAAAGCAUUCUGCAAAAUACUCAGGAAACUCGCUGUUUUCAUUAGAAUUCACAACCAGCCAUGCCAAGGCCACUUUCUUCUGAUAAUCCACUUCUGUUCAAGUUUCUCUGGGCCCUAUUAAUAGCCUGAAAGAAAUACUAAUGACUGGCCUUCUACACUAAGCCAAAGUGUCUGCUCUUCCUAGCACCCAAAGCUUAUCAGCUCAGAGCCCACAGUUUAUGGAGAUGAAAGGAGAGGAGAUACGGGCAAGAGGAAUGUGAGCAGGGGACUUUGUGCCACCCACAAAAAAUUCCAGCCCACCUCAUUUUACUUCUGAGCAUCUGAAUGAAGAUGCCUCACACUGGCAUCCAGGGCCUUGCUCUACCAAGAAGUAAAAGGAAGUUAGACAUCUCAACUGCAUCUUAACCAACCCUUACCUCUAUGCAUCUAUCCGGGCGUUUCUCAGCACCUACUUUUGGUGACCAUUCAAUGCCCCUGGGGAUGCUUCCUGGAAGGUUUUGGGGGAGUGUGGAGAAUGAUGGGGGGAUUGCCAACUGAAGUGGAGAGGAGAGGAGCCAGAGCUGGCAUGAGUGGCUUGGCCACAUUUCUCAAGAUUCCAUGAGAGAGUUGGGGAACAUGGGCUGGCAAAGGAAGUGGCACAGGGGCAUCCCUAAGGAAGGAAUUAAGACAAAAGAAAACUCAACUGGACUUAAGCCAGGCCAUGAGGGUGAAAGGUUAUAGAGCCUUGUCCCCUUUCUGGCUUCCCACCUGUCCCUCCUCUACCACCGCUUGACUUUAGGUCACCAAGAGCCAAUGGAGUCCAUGCCCUGUGGAAUGGGGAGGAGAGAGAGUCGGUCGGCCUCUCUCCUCACUAUUAUCCAAUUUGAAGAUAUUUUGACCUUGUAUAAGGAAUAAGUAUCAAAGUCAGCCCCUCCCCCACACAAAGCCAUCUGUCUUGGAGGGAGGAAGGAAGGGAAGUCUCUCUCGAAAGUCAAUCCAGCUUUGCUUUGUUUCGUUGAUCUGCACAAGAGACAAUUCUCUGGAAAAGGAAAAGGACCCCAGAAUGUGCUUGGCAAGACAGAAAGUGCUAAUGGACAAGAUGGAAAUAGACCAGAUGUCCAUCCUGGUGGAGCAAGUCCCUCCAGCUGGCACCUGCUGCUGCCUCCUGCCCUCAGCAUGGGUUCAGGGAUGUCUGUGCUCGCUCUCCUACUUCUCCCCACAGUGCAUCUCUCAAAACCAUUUCUGAUCCACCACUGGCAGAGAGCUCCCCCUCCUUUGCAGAGUUCAGUCAUUAAAAGAAUGAACUAGCUGUUAACGUCACGGGAGGGAGAGAACUAUUUCCUACGUUCAUUCAUUUGGGGAACCUUCUGGAGCAGCAACUGUUUGCUAGGGACAGCUCUAGGUGCUGAGAAACAGCAAUGAACAAGACCAAGAAGGUCCUGCUUCUAGCAAGUUUAAUUCUUCAGGUUGCUGGUUCCUGAAAGCAACUUCCCAGGCACAGUUUUCCUCCCUGACCCGCAGAGGGCACGAGUUUUGUAGGGGCCGGAAGAAGGAAGAAGGCCAGACACACAGUUGCCUUACCUUAUUCUGGGGACAUUCCUCCAGCAAUGAGAGCUUCUCUCGUUUCCACUGCCCCCAUCUCUUCUGAGGGCACUCCCCUGCUGCGUGAGCUCCUGACCUUCCUUCAAUUCCGCCAAAUGAGGACAAGAAAUAGCAGUCAAGGCCUCUGGCCCUGCCGAGCUUGAAGCAGAAGUAAUAGAUGGAUGUGCUGGACUAAAAAUGGUCUGGGCAGAACAAAUAGAAGACGUGUGAAAGGCUCUGGCUGAUAAAUCUCCAGGUGCACUCCAUUGCCACACCUGCCCCCAUCAACCUGCAAUCGGUAAAUACUGAACCGGCAGCCGCUCUCGGGGAGGCUUUUUCCCAGCCACAUUGUGUCAUAGGUGAGGUCCCUGGGGGCUGGCCAUGGACAGGAAAGAUCCGAGACUCGGGGGACUCUGUGGGUGAGAAAAUGCAAAGCAACCUCGUAGACAUGGGGCUGUGGGAGCGGAUCCCAUGGGGAGACUUGAGAGAUGAAGUUCAGGCCCACUGAUGCCUUGUCUCAGGAACAGGCUUUGAGAAAAUGACGGCAUCCUCUUCAUAACUCCAAAGUCUGUCUUCCCUGUCGCUUUCCUUUCUCCUGGUUUCCCCAAAGAGUGAAGUUGUAGCAUCUGGGGCUCAGCAAUGCCCAUGGAUGAAAGAUAAAUUUUCACUCUUGGUAUUAGGGAGGUCCUGGGAGAUGAUCAAGACCACUGCUUGUCAGACAGGGCCUCAGCCCAACCAGGAAACGGGAGAUUCUCAGCCUUUCCUGGACACUCCUAUCUUGUUCUCCUCACCUUAAAGGGGCUCUACCUUCAGACCGGGCUCCAUCCUUCCUGCCACGCAUCCUGUUUCUCCUGUCCUAGCCUCAAGGAAGAUGGGAGGCAUCUUCUGGAUUUCAGUCAUGGCCCUGACUUUGGCUUUAUUUGCCCUCCUUAUUGGGAUUACAGGUGAAGAACGUAAUGGAAAAUAGUGACCCCCAAUCAGAGCAGAUGUUCUUGAGUGUGUUGGGGAGAAAGGGAGAAGCUCUUUAUACUAAGACUAGGGACCUUGAGCCCAGCUGCCUCUCCCCCCAACCUCUCCUACCCGAACCCACUCUUCUUGACACACUGGAAUCUCUAUUAUACAUAUAUAUAUUUUUAAGAAAAUGCAAUGAUAGUUGUCUGGUUUUGUUGUUUUUACAGUUGUUGUGGAAUAAAAAUUGUAAGAAAAUUAAGUAUUUAAAAGGUUCCAAUAGAACGGGGUUUUUUUGUUAUUCUAAUAUAUUAUUGUGUACCUAUUGUAAAUAUGAAACACUCCUAUUUUGCAAGCCAAGGACACAAUUUGUACUGUUGUUAUAUAUAAAUAAAGUUUACUGGAUAAAAAAA